GUGCAACUCCGUAUCAGACUCCGGAGAUCCAGUUCCAGACGACUCCUACAAGUAAGAACUUACAAACCUGAAUUUACUUUCACGUUAUUUUUUCUAAGCCGGAAAGAUUUUGCGAUCGCGAAAGGACUUCGCCGUGUGCACGUGCAUGCAGCUGCAAAUACCGAAAUCCUCAGGUACAAGCACGAUUCCCCAGGCUUACUCGGGAUGUGCAAGAGCAAAUUAGACACCAAUGGUUCGCAAUUUUACGUGACGCUCAAGGAGUUGCCGAUGUGCGAUGGAAAGACG